AUGGCUGAUCAGAAAGCAAGCGAAAGUGGCCAAGGCAGAAGCAAUUCCAGUAGUCCAGAGCAACCUCGCAGCCCAGAUUCAAAGUCUUUAAACAGUGAUCAUGAAUACAUUAUGCUUGCUACGCCUGAUGUUGAAUCUGAUUCAGGUUCAGGCGUGUCAGUUUGUAAAUCUCAGGGGAGUAGUGUGAGUAGCUUUGCAGAUGUGAUAAUCCCUGACAUGGAGGCUACCUUGGAGAAGGGACCAACAGAGGAAGAGCUGCAACAUUUGGUGGAAGAUGCAAAAAAGGACUUUUCUCAUAGCUCUGCAUCAGUUCCAGAGGUAUUCUUUAGUCCAGGUUCAGAGAGCAAUUCUCAGAACACUCCUCUCAGUAAUGACAAUUCAUUAGCAGUAAAUGGCAGUAUUGAACUGAUACCUGAUGAAAAAAAUUGUCAUGUUUUGAAUCCGUGCAUUGCUGAAGGUGAUUCACAAACAGUAGAUGGAAGAAUCCAUGGUGAUAACACCAACACUACUCAAGCAUCAAAUGGUACAGAGCUUGAUGCUGGAGAGUCAGCGCAACCCAGAGCAAGUACUGAUCCUGGACAAUCAGAUGAAGAGAGUGAUGAUGAUGCUGUUGUAUAUGAUGGGAUAACUUACUUGGGAUCCUCCACUGUGAAUGCUCCAGUGAGUGAAAUUGAAUUGAAAAGGACAAUGGCUAUCUUGCGAGAACAAACAGAGGUCACCAUUGAUGUUUUGUUGUAUGUUGGUUCCACAUCGGACAAGAUGAUAAGACUCAAAGACCCAGAGACACAGGCUGACAUUGCUACUUAUAAAAUACAGAGGAUCCUGUUUUGUGGCCGUGGUGAUGUUGAGGGAAGCGAAAGUGACUGCUUUGCCUUCAAUACUGUCCAUGGUGAUUCUGAGAUCUUCCAUUGCCAUGUAUUCAGAUGCAAAGAUCCAGAGAAGGUGAGGCCAUUUUCUUGUCUCAAAAAAAUCUACUUGGGAAAAUUGGAUAUUUCUCCCCGGGAUGGGUUUGUUUGGGAAAUUCUGUUUUUAGUAUCACUCUCUACCAAUCAUGUUCUCCUAGUUUUCCAUAAUCCUUUAACUCCCAAGAUCUGAUUGCUAAUUCUCCCCCCCCUAGCUGUUGCAUAUUUUCUUGUAAAUUAAUUACAAGAAUUUGGUGUUAGAUCAAUAUAACAACUUCUUCCUGAUAAGGUUAAGAAUUCUCAUUUCCUAUUUGAUGAACAAUUGUCAGUCACUUCUGGGAUGGAAAGGGUUAAGAAGUUUGUUUCUGAUCAAGGUACAUUUAAGCUUUAUUAGUAAGAUGUAGAUUCCAAAGUAGGAUUAUCAGCAAGCAUGCCAUGAAAGGGUUUUAACCCCUGACAAGCAUCCAAAUUUUCCCAACAGUAUCCCUUCUGAAUUUAACACUUAAGUUAGGAGAACAAAGGAAAUUAUUAGCAACUGAAAAAUCCUUGAUUGUUAAACAAAUUCUCUUUGUCAACACCUUACGAAAUGUGUAGAAAACAGUAUGGAGAAAACGCAUACCAAUGCUAGGGUUUAAAGGCUUCAGGAGUAUUCCCUUUGUGAAUAUAGGAAACAGGUGGCCUGAUGCUUAGUGCACUUGCCUCUAAACCUGGAGGUUCAUAGUCAAGCCUUGCAGAAGGGGAAGAGGGGAGGGGGGGGGUCAUAAAGUUACUCUUUCUCCUCUCCCCCCAGGGAUAGCAGGAAACUGUUUGGGGAACCUGGCAAAAUGUAGGGGGUUUACUCAUUUUGAACUGUCAUCCUGUACUAGAGGAGUAGACAUACUCUGCACAGCUUCAUGCCACAGAAAUUUAGGAAAAGCAAUUGCAGUUAUGAACCUUGUGACCUCUGAGAGUUGACCAUGGUAUAGACAUGAACUUGUAAUUCCAAUGAAAUCCAAGUCAAGUUGUAGAUACUUAUGGGUAUUGCAAGAUUUAUGGGAUCGUAUUUCUUUAAAUUAUUUACCCAUAAAUGUUUCUCUUUAACACUAAGGAAUCUUUGGUUGUGUAAUAAUAUGAAUUCAAUUUAUUACCUAGGCUGGAAAGAUCUUGAGAACAUUUGCUCUCUCAUUUAGAAGGCAUAGGAAGGUAUGUUAUUUCCUAAAUUUGAGUGACAGUUUUUAUGAUGAUACUCAAAAUUGGAAUUUGCAAUAUGAAAAACUUUUUAUCUUGAGUGCCACAUAGACUGAGGUAACCCCAUGAUCUUGAGUUUAAUUUGUACAUUCAAGUAGAUAGAACAAGGAAAGUGGUGAAUUUUGCGGACUAAUGAAGAUGUUAUUUUGUCAGAGGAACAGGUCUGAAAACCAUCUCUCUUUCAUUUGAGUUGAAUGAGUGCAAGUUAUAUUUUGUUGAAGACUUAUAAACUUGCAUGAGCUGUUGGUCUCCAUAGAUUUGAAGUUCAAAUGAAUUACGUUGAUCAGUUUGGUCCGCCGGUGUCAUUAGAAAAAUUUUCCCCUUUUUACACAGCAUGCUUUUUCUGUGACAAAUUUUCUUCACUGAGUGUUGCUUGAUUGUUUCAAGGUCAAUUCCAUUAUUCUGAGAACAUCUUGCCCUUUGUUUAAUGUUUAACUUUUCACGUGUGUGAUCGUUUCCUUAAAAAUUUGUUUUAUUAUUUACUUUCUUGCAAAGAGAAAGCAACAGUCACAACAGUCACAACAGUCAUCCUUGGAUCCCCCAACAACAGUCACUGGUGUCAGCAACCUUGUGUUCAAAUUUGACCUGACUCUUGACAUUCUUGAGGAAGACAAUAAGGGAUUUUCUUCAGCAGCAAGGGACAAAAACUGCUUCAAAUUACGACAAGACUUGAGAAAGAAAGUGUUCAUUACAGUGCAGCAGUUGACUAACAGACAUCUUAUUGUAGAGAGGUUUGUAACUAUCCCAGUUGCUGAAAAAAGAAGAAUGAUUAUGUCACUAAUAAUAACUCUGUCCUACUUGGUUUGAAGUGUAACAAUGGUUCUAUUAAGGACACUUAUUGAUUAAAACCCUACAGUUUAAAAUUCUGAUGGUAGUCAGGAACCUUUCCCAUGGCAAAAUAUCCCAAUUUUUUAAAAUUUUCUCAUGACAUAGAAAACUGGCUUAGUUUAUACAAAGGGAAGUGUACAGAGAUCUUUAAUUUAGAUAGAUGACCACCACAGAGGAAAGGCUAAACCAAUUUUCAACACAGAUAACUGAUGACAUAGCUUCUUUAACAUGAUGCUAUAUUGGUUCCCUUUAGAGGCUUCAACUCAAACUGGAAUCUUUAUCUCUAAGCAGUUUGACUUUAAGGCUAGCAUGCCCCCCUCCCUCUCAUUGUCACAAACCCUAAAAUAUGUUUUCCCUUUUCUCUUCCAGGUGCUUUGGCCUUCUUAUCUGUCCAGGAAAGAAUGUUCGAUAUUCUGACAUGCACCUAUUAAAUGAGGUUAGCUAUAGUAUUAUUUGAAUGAGCUCAAGUGUGACAAUGAUUACAUGUCCAUUAUGACUACACAAUAUUUUUUGGAAGAUAAUUAUAGUCUUUUGGCAAAUUAUGAGACAUGUCAAAAACCAUCAGAUAAUAUGUAACACUUCAAGACUGGUGAAUCUUAGUGUUUUCCUAAAAGAACCUGAGGAACCAGUCAUAAAUGAUUUGCUAUAGAACACAAAGAAGAUUUGAGAUCAUACAAUGUGAAAACAAAAUUAGAAAUUUUACUGAUGAAUUAUAUGUAAGCCCAUGAGAGCAUAAAGUUUUACAAUGUUAGAAAUGUCUCAUGGCCUCCAUGUCCCCUUCAGUCAUGAUCUGUUUGUGUGGGAUGACAAUCACUGGUUAACAUUUGUGAGUAUCAGUGCAAUGUUACUCUUUUGCUGUAUAGGUUUUUACAAUUUACACAAUUGAAGGCUUUUGACCAGAAACAGCUUCAUUGUUAGAUAUUGUGUAAUUUUGAAGUAUCCAAUGAGUGUGUACACUGAUGGGGAAAAAAUUCCAGCUAUAUAUAGCAAUUUGCCUUAAUUUAUAAGUUUAAUUGAAAAAGGAAACUCAUUUGGUAGUUAAGAUAUAAAAGGUUUUGACUAAAUUGCAUGUAUGAUUUUGAGAAGCUCAGUACUCAUGGAUUCUAAUAAGUGUGAAUCUAUUUUAGGUGAAAAUGGAGGUUGGAGAGGGUGGCAAAACAUAUUUCAUCGCUGGUUUUUGGGAUCCAGCUGUACGUGACUUGUUAGUGUUAAACACAGAGACCCCUAAAGGUAGAAAUCUUAGUUGGACAAGUUUCAUUUUAAUGUUAUAUAUUAAUAGGAAAUGUUUCUGCAUGGAAUUAAUAACAGUGGAAAAACAGGCAGUUUAUGAGGAAUUUAAUUUGACUCAAGAUUCUAACUUUCUUGCAUGAAUCUAAAGUGCUACUGGUAUUAACACUUUAACUCCCAGAUCAAAUUUCUAAUUCUCCUUAUUUUCAACAAUACACUUCUUAUAAUGUUUGUUCAGCGAAUUUAGUAUUGGAUUAACCAAUUAUCCCUAAAUUUAUAUUUUUCUUUAUUCUCAUAACUUAUCUUGUUGAUAUUGUAUUGUAAUUGUAUUGUUAUUGUGUUAUUGUAUUGUUAUUGUGUUAUUGUAUUGUUAUUGUGUUAUUGUAUUGUUAUUGUGUUAUUGUAUUGUUAUUGUGUUAUUGUAUUGUUAUUGUAUUGUUAUUGUAUUGUUAUUGUAUUGUUAUUGUAUUGUUAUUGUAUUGUUAUUGUAUUGUUAUUGUAAGUAAAAAUUCUGUCUUGGUCACUCAUGGGAGUUAAAGGGUUAACCCUCGACAAAAAAGAGUGACAAGCAUCUCCUUAAAAUAUCACUCCUUAAUCACACAUUAAGGUCAUGAGAAUAAUGGUAAUGAUCACCAGCGAAAGAAGCUCACAAUUAUUAAACAAAUUCUCCUCAUGAGCACCACAGGAAAUUUACAGAGAAAAGUAUGGAGAAUAUGCAUACUGAUAUUAGGGUGUAGAGGGUUAAGCAGUAUACAUUACUUACUCUGAUAAAAGCAAGCAUCAACCUAUUAAUCCUAAAACCCCUAAGAGAGACCAGCUUCUAAUUUCUCCUUACAAUAUCACCCCUGAAUCAAACAUUAAGGUCACAAGAAUCAAGGAAAUGAUCAACAACUUACAAAGCUCUUGAUUUUUAACCAAAUUCUCCCUGUGAGCACUUCAGGAUAUGUAUAGAGAACAGUAUGGAGAAUAUGCAUACCAAUGUUAGAGUUUAAAUGGUUAUGUCCCAGCCUUUUUCUCAUAUUUAGUACACAACAAAUCUGUCUGAUGGAUGUCUGCAUUAGGAUCCUGUUUUUAUCUAAAACCUAUGUUAAUAGGCUGAAAAGUACUAUUUACCUCUCAGCUUAGGUAAAGAACUGUUAUUCAUCAUCAUAAUAGCAAAGCCUGUUGAACAACCGGCCAAAAUACACCUACUGAGUUCCUAACUAUGUUUACAUUCAGAUUUCUCUGGUAAUCUGCCAAAACAGAGCAUACACAAGAAAAGAGAAGCUCUAAAUUUUCAGUGAUUUUCAGUGAUUAAGUAACAAACUGAGAAGUUACAUUUCUAAUUGUGUUGCAGUUUACUAGAAACUAUAUCAGACAGACACCCUGUAAUUGAGCAGACAGUACCAAGGGUCCUGAGGCUGUUAUUGUCUACUCAAUUUAGGUUUCAUUGUAAAGCUAACUUAAAUGAAAAUGUUGAGUGAAAAUAUUUCAUUUUUUCAGACUCUCGACUAUUUGUGACAAUAGCUGUUGACUUAGUUGUCACUGGAGUAACAGAACCAGUCCGCUUCAUUUUGGAGACAAAGGCCAAAAUUUUUCCCACUGGAGAAAAAUUCUUCUGGAGCCCGAGUAAACCAAAAUUCCAUGAAGUUUAUGUUAUGGAACUGAAGGAGGUAAGGUGGUCAUACUAUGAGUUUUUGGUAUGGAACUAAAAUUCACUCACUUACUCUCACCACUCUCAUUGAUUUAUGCUUCAAAUGUGGAUUAAAUGUAGUAUCCCCUUCCUCUCCUGAUUGGUCAGGUUCUGUCCUUUAACCCUUUAACUCCCAAGAUCUGAUUGUUAAUUCUCCCUUCUGGCUGCUACAUGUUUCCUUGUAAAUUAAAUACAAGAACUUGGAGUAAGAUGGAGAUAACUACUUCUACCUGAUAAGUUUGAGUUUUCUCAUUACCUGCUUGCUGGAUAAUGUAAGAAUAUUAUAGGGAGAAGUUACAUGUUAAUCACUUCUGGGAGUUAAAGGGCUUGCUAUUGUCUUCUCUAUGUAUAUCUGGGGGUGGGACAAAGGUGGAAAUUUCUCAUUCAAAUGCCUUUGUAAACCUCUCAAACAGAGAAAUUGUAUGAAAGAAUACUCAACUGGAAAGAAAAAAGCUUCAAUGUCUACUCCAAUUGAUCAAUAGAGGUUAAAAUAUUUCUUGCAGGGUAAAAGCAAUAUUUAUUCUUGUCUUCAAGUUUAAUUAUGGCUUAUCUUUUUGGCUGCCAUUUAACUAUAUUUAAACCACUAAGGGGGAAAUGGUGUUUGUAGUAUUGCUACAUUGAAACAAGGAGUAAAGCUUUACAAAGCUAUGCUUCAAAGCAAAUCACUUGAUGCCCAAAGGCUUUUGUCUUAGACAUCUUGGGCUCCCAGCUUUUUGAAUUUGUCAUGAAAGCAAAGUCACUGGAACAAAGAGCCAAGGGAACACAUAUUUGAAGAAAUAUAGUAUGUUAAUUGAAUCUUUUUUUUUUGAUAGGUUUUUGAUACUGACACGGGAGAAAAAGGAUGUGAAGUGAAAAGUAUCAAAACUGAACUUAGUUACGAAACUUCCAAAACUUUGACCAAAAGGCAGCCUCCUUUGAAUAGGCAAUCAUCUGGAGGGAACAAGACAUCUGAUGGUCAGCACUACUUGUAUAACAAAUGUCAGAUCUUCAGUUACUUUGUUUAUACCAGAAGAUAAUUAAUUUCAUAGCAUCUUAGCAUUGAGAAUAGUUCCUUAAGUCUACUGGUCUCUUGGUACUCAAAUGUUGGCAUCCAAGUUGAACCAAUGAGCUUGUAAACUUCAUAUUUUAAUGAUUUCUGAUGUACAAUGGUAUUGCAGUCUUGAAUGAAAUGAUGUGUGGAAGGCGAUGGAGAAUAGAUUAAAUCUUGUGUUGAAUAAAUUUCUAAGGAUUGAGCAUCAAGAAUGGUAAAUUUUAAGUUGACUCACAUGUCAAAAUUUGAUUUGCCUCUGUUUGUGGUGUUUUAGGACUAUAAUGAGUCGAACAUUCCUGUUUCAGCCACAGUAAUCUGUAUAAAGCUGUAUGUUUGUUUAAUCUCAUGUAUAGAUGAUGAUGAAGAUGAUGAGCCACUGCUGUCAGGAUCAGGUGCUGUUCAAAAGGAUUGCACUGAGGAAGAGCUAGGCAGCUGGUCAGAUCUUUUAAACAAAUGGAAGGACAUUACUAUUAAACCAAAACAACUGCAAGGACUUGUGAGAAAGGUGGGCUAAUAUCAGGGAAAAAUUGGUUGAAACAUGAUCUUUUAUGUUCUUUCCAUCCCUGAAGCUCGCUAUUCAGCAUUUCACAUUGAAAAGGGGCAUUCAUCUGCCACAAGUGCAACAUCAAAAUAAUUUGACAUACAUUUUGCUCAAAUAGCGGCAUGUUUGCAAAAAUUGGUUAUCUGUCAAGCAAGAAUCUGCUGUAAUACCAAAACAAAUAAAUUAAAGACUUAAAACUUAAAUUUAAGACUUUGUUAUUGCAAGUGAGUGAUAUGGCAUAAUAAGUGAGCUACAUAGUUAACUUUAUUAUCUUUUUUAACUAAGGGCAUACCAGAUCCUCUCCGUGGACAAGUUUGGCAGAUGAUGGCCGGUGUGAAGGAAAAUGAUGAACUCAUUGAGGGUUAUAAACAUUUCAUCAAGAAGGUAGAUCAAUCAGCAGGCUAUUUCUCCCAGCUUAUCCCAAUGCGCUAGCAAGUGAAGAAGUAAGUUAUGAGAAUUGUGGAAGUGAUCUGUUGAAGGAUAUUUUACUUAUGGCAUAAAGUAACCAAGGGUGACAGAAAUGUUACACAGAAUUCUUCCAUGAAAAAGAAAUAUUCCAUUCUACACACUGUUCAUGUUUCGAAUGCUGAAAUUUAUUUUCUUGUGAUCAGGAAUCUCCAACAGAACAGGUGAUUAAGUGGGACAUUCACCGUACCUUCCCUGCCCAUGAGUAUUUUAAAAGCACUGGAGGAGAGGGUCAGGAAACAUUGUAUAAAAUCAGUAAAGUAAGACUUUUGUUUUUGAUGCUGUUUUACUCUAAUGAAUAUUGAGGGUUUAUAUAAUUUUCAGUUUUUUUUACACUGCAAACACUUAUUCAAGGGCAAUGCAUAUUUUAAAAUCAUUUUUCUUAAAUCCUUGACAACAAUUAUUGUAACUCAUUUGAAAAUUCUGUGUAGAUUUGAAAUGUGUUUUAGUUCCAAUGUCUCACUUUUGGACAUGAAUUUUCCAGAAUUAUGUAUUUUAAAGUAAUUUUAUGGUAGGAGUUUUUUCCCUUUAAUCCUUGAAUAUAUUCCACAUUGUUCUGAUUGGGUGCACCAUUUAUUCAAGCAUAGUGUUUACUGGGAAUUGUGCCCUAUCUGAGGCAUUCAAUCAAGAUUGGCAUUUAUUUGAGGGCAGUAUUUAAUUGUCAUUGAGUGAAUAUUUUACUUCAAUGAAUUUCUUAAAAGCAUAUGAAAAGGCUAAUAAGUUUAAUGAAGCUGUGUAGAUUUUUUUGCAGUUUUUUAAGAAAUGUCUCAUUGAAUUUUUUUUUUUUUGAGACAAAUGUUUUUUCCUGCCAAUAUUGAAAAGUUUGAGUACAUUAGUCACCACAUAAGUGAGCAGAACAAGUAACUUGUCAAGGGGAGUGUGUCAUCUAGAUGUACCUAACUUGAAAUUAUCUUUAUUCAUAUACUUCAGUUGUUGAACAAUACCAGCUGUUAUCCUCUAGUCUAUCAACGGGUUAACAAACUUAGAGAAAGAGCUGCCAAGCAUCUUAAUAAUCAGAAAAAAAGCUUUUAUUCAUUUAUGAUUUAGAACUUAGCUACACAUAUAAUGUAAAAUUACUGUUGAUAACCUGUGAACUUGUUGUUAACCAAUUGUCAUCAUUCUCUGUCAGGCCUACUCUGUUUACGAUGAGGAAGUAGGCUACUGUCAAGGGCUGUCAUUCCUGUCAGCAGUGCUUCUGUUACAUGUAAGCAUUACAUCCUGGGAAUCAUUAUCUUGAGAGGAUAUUACAUAACAGCUCCUCUUGUGAAUAAAAAUCAGCCCAAUUAAGCCUUGGAAAUUUAGCUAGAGGAUUCUGUGUAGUAGUUGGAUAAAUCUCUAUUCUUUCCUGCCUUAUAAAAACCCUAACUGAACCCCAGAUUUUAAUAUUAAAGCCUGGCCAAGUGGCUUGAUACUGUCAUAGCUUAACUGAGUUUAAGUAGCAUCUAUGGAGAUCUUUUUUUCUUUCUCAGCUUCCUGAGGAGCAAGCAUUUGCACUGUUGGUGAAGAUAAUGAGUGACUAUGGGCUGAGAGAUAUUUUCAAACAAGAUUUUGAACAGCUGCAUCUGAAGUUUUUCCAGCUGGACAGAAUGAUUGAGGUGAGAUGUCAUAUUGUCCAGUGGGGCUAUUUUUGAAAUUCUUGAUACCAACUUUCUUUUACUUAAGAGUUUUAUACGUUGUUGUAUAAUUAAAGCAGAAGAAAUCAGUAAUGUUUUAUAGAGACCCCUUUGAAUCCAUAAGACUGACUGGCAUCUAAUUUCUCCUCACAAUAUUCCCUUUGAAUCAAACAUUAAGGUUACGUGAAUAAAAGAAAUGAUCACCAACUAAAGCAGCUCUCGAUUGUUAAAUAAAUUCUCUUUGUCAGCACUUAAGGUAAUGUAAAGAGAACAGUGGGGAGAAGAUGCAUACUGAUGUUAGGGUGUUGGAGAUUGACAUUGGGUUGACACCAUUUUGUUUCACAGGACUCGAUGCCAGACCUCCACAGCCAUUUUCAGUACAAUAGUAUAGAGACUCACAUGUACGCCUCUCAGUGGUUCCUGACUUUGUUUACAGCCAGGUUUCCAUUAUCAAUGGUGUACUGUAUUAUGGAUCUCUUUCUAUGUCAUGUAAGUCAGAAUGUGGUGUGGGAUAGAGUGCCUUUCAAUUGAGUGUCCUAAACUCGCAACCUCAGUAAGCAGAGUGACUAAUCAGAUUGUUUCGCUUUUGCUUUUCUUCACUUUGUGAUUGGUGCAGAGAAUUGGUGCCACCACUCAACCAGUAAUACAAAACUAAAACCAAUCGCGGCUCGCUCUCAGAGAGUUUCCUUUGUUUUGAUUGGCUCUUGAGAUUACUUCUGUGUUAGCUUUUUUAAACUCUACAGAAAAGCGCCCUUACAUUACAACUGAAAGUUAAAACUAGUAGACUGGGAGCGAGAAAACGCAAGAUACCGAGGUGUGAUAGGUUUCAGUUGUAUAUCUUAUUGGUUGAGAGGAUGGUCAGGUUUGUGACACCAAAAAGUAAAGCAAAGUCCAUACAAUGUCGGAUACUUUCGACCCUCAAUUGACAUUAACUCCAGUAAGGUCAAAGAGGAACCGGCUAAGAAUAGCGAAAAUUUAUUUAGGAAUUGAUUGAGGAAUGGAUUGAGUCUGCGGCUUUUGGUUGAAACGUUUCUAAGCAGCCUGAAAGCAUUUAGUAGGCAUAACAGCAUUUGCGGAGCCGUUACUCUUUUUCUGGUCGGACAUUUAUAGUCGAACCUAUUUAGAUACCAACUAAUAGUAUCAUUCUGUUAAUCUCAGGCAACAUUUUUAAAUAUACCCUGCAAAGAACGAGUAUAGAUCGUUCUUGUUUGUUGGUCAGUGUAAUAUUUCAUACUGAUCACUGUCUUUUUUUAAUGUUCCAGGGAAUGAGAGUUAUUUUUCAAGUUGCUUUAGGCCUUCUCAAGGUAUGAAGUCUCUGUGCAUGCUUCUUUUUACUAAGUCUAUUUAACGAGAUAAGUUAUGUUAUCUUAGCAGGGUAUUAAGCUGGUGAGGCGAUUUCACGGUCGAGUCUCAGCUAACUUUUACCUUGAGUGACAUGUUUAUUCUAGUCUUGAAGAUCUUUGGGAAUAUUAAGCUGUUUUGAAUUUUUAAACUGUUUUAAUAUGAGCUACUUCAAACUAUCAAAAAAUAAGGUGGCUCUGAACCGUAUGCACAAACUUUUAAAAACUUUGUAGAAAGAUAAAUUAUGAUGUGGUAAAUUGGAUAAUAUUGAUAAACGGGGGCCUAUCUCCUUGUUUUCCAGUUACUGAAAUAUUAAGUUGAAAUUUAAGGUUUAAGUUCUCAUUGCCUCUGUUGUUGCUAUGAUAUCCUGAUAUGUUUGGAAAAAUUAUUACAACUUGUCGAGACAUGGUUAGUCAUUUUUGGAUACCAUUUCCACUGAAACUAACCAAAAAGUGUGAAAGCUACGUUCCAUCGUAGAACUGGUGUUUUAAAACAUCGAAACCAUUUGACUACCUCAAGAUACUAUAUAUCAUCUAUGAAUUAUGCUUCUUUUGUCUUAUUCUUGUCUUAAACAGGCUUCUCGUAGGGAGCUCAUCCAAAUGGAUUUUGAGGCCAUACUAAAGUACUUCAGAGUGUCUAUGCCUAAAAAAUACCUUGACGAAGAUGAGUACAAGAAGCUCAUAACCUCUGCUCUGAGCUUUCGGGUAUGGAUUUUUGCGCCUUAAAUUCAAUUUGUUUUAUUUUUUAUAUAAGUUGAUACUUCGGUGUGCAUUUGGGACCAAUUUUUGACACUUGUUUGAAAAUUUCUGCCAUUGUUCAGAGAUGAUAGUCCUUAAUGUUUCUUUUAAAGGUUUUCUCUCUGAAAAUAUAAUCCGGUUUAAAUUUCAGGUGACAGAGAAAAAGAUGAAGAAAUACGAAAAGGAGUACUUGCUGCAAAAAGAACAAGAGGCACAGCUUGAAGACCCGGUCGAGAGGCUAACGGUGAGUCACAGGAAUAAUUCUUCUAGUUUGAUUGUUGUGUUUUCUUUCGGAUUUAUUGUUGGCUUGUUGCCUAACUGAUCGUUUCUCUUUCUUUCGAUGCUUUUCUACAGCGUGAAAACAAGAGGUUUUUUGAAGAUAACAUGAGACUUGAACGAGAAAACGAUAGCCUUGCCCACGAGUUGGUCAGUAAUAAAGUAGAACUUCACGGCAAGCUGGCAGAGGUAUUUGUCCUUUAUCUCGACCGGUUAUUUUUUGCUUUUAUAAUCUGAUGUUUUUCGCUACUGAAAUCUUGUUCAGCAACACGGCUUCUUUGGUUUGACCUAACAGAGUCUCACACGUCCUUUUGCAAUCUAUUGGCGAUCUAUUUGAAAAUAUUAGAAACUUUACAUCGCAGAAUGCCGGUUAACUGCGAAUUGUGGUCUCCGCUAUUUCGGUUUACCUUUACAAAGCCGUGUGUGCGUAAGCAGGUUACGGGGUUGCUUUUAAAACGGCUUUUUAGUAGCAGAUGUAAAAAAGUACGAUUUCCUGAGACUCUUAGUCCUGUCAAAUGACGUUUUUCUUUUGCUCUUUUGUUUACUAGGCAGAAGAAAAAGUGGAAGAGUUGUCCAAGGCGUUGAGCAACACAACCAUAUCACUGGCUGAAUCAGAGGAUCAACGCGAAAAACUGAAAGUCGAGGGCUCUCAGGUAUACGAAAUGAAAAUAUGUUUAUGAACAAACGCUUCAGACACGACAAACUAAUACGCUCUUGUAAUUCUUCAGGUCAAAGAAAUGUAUCGGCAGACUAUUGAACAGGCUGAAGAGGACAAGAAGCGACAUACUACUGUUGUUGAACAAUACAAAAAGGUCAGUAGGCAUAUUGGGAGGGACAUAGUUUCUUUGGGUACAUUGCUGCUGAAUUAGUGAUCAAUAACUGUCUCGUACUUGUUCUUCAUUGUAGAUUUGCAAAGAAAAGGAGGAAAGAAGCGAGGAGCUGAAGGAAGAUCUGCGGCUGGAACUCUUGGAGGUCAAGGUAUUUGUUCUUCUCCAAUAGACCUCUUUCAUGUUUGUAAAAAUAGGGUGCAAGUGGACGACAGAAGAGAAGAGGUUCAUAGCUGAGGGAGAUAAAAAUCACUUCUUACCAUUUUGUCGUCUACUUUGGGUUCAUCUGCAGAGACUUGUAAUCGAUAUCUCGAGAGAACUUGCAACUCCUGAAAAAAAUACCGCUUUGCACUAUCAUUUUCGUGUACCUCCUCUGACGCUUCAUUAACUUCUGAUUUGGUUUGAGCUUCUUUUAGUCGCCUUUAGGCGUUAACUGUUCAGAAUUGCUUAAAAACCUCUCGCGAAUUGUUUUCUUUUCUAGAGACGAAUAGGAUCAUGUGAAAACUGCGCCGCUGUCUUCUCUGAGGAAGGUCAUGUUACAUUGGAGGGUGGAGGCGGAAUCGCCGCAUUCAAGACAAGUGUGAAGCUGGUAGACUCCGAGCAGCGCCUGAGGGAACUGGAACUGGAGCUUGCGCAGACCAAGCUUUCUCUAGUGGAGGCGGAAUGUCGUUCUCAGGAGUUAGAACAUAGGCUGGCGGCCAUUGAGGCGGCGACUGGUGAAAGCAAACCUUGGUUCAAACGAAUAAGUUUGGUAAAGGAUGCCGGGAAGUGAUUGAUGGUCGUGUGAUGAUGAAUUAAGCUCGUUUUCUGUUAAAAAGAUAACAGCUUUUUUACUGUAUGACUGAAUUUUUGGGUACAUCAAGAGCUUUUGUUAAUUUCGAAUGAUGUGCUUCAACAGAGCAUAAGAAGUGGUAUUGAAGAGGUAGAACUUUUCGGUUUUUUUGUUGUUGUUUUUUUUUGUUACGAGAGUCUCUACCGUCUCCGUGAAAGAAAUAGCUCUUCUGUUAUUUCGUAACUUAACGGUGUAAAUUCCGCCAGUGGAGGAAUCUUAGACAUUAGACACUAAGACAUUUGGUUUCAAAAUAUUUUGCAACUCGUUCCCAAGACCCACUUCAUCUCGCGGACCUCUAGGUUCCGGAAAGACCAUGAAAACGAGGUUUGCAUAGAAAGCUUUGUCGUUCGUUUUCUUCCUGGAAGGUCUAUUCUUAAAAUUAACUCAGGGACAGUAGUUGUAGUAUUGUCUUCCCUUUUGGUUGCCCGACACCCAAAAAUUAAGUUGAUUUGUGUUAAUUUACCAGCUUAAAAAAGAUGUUACUAAAAUAAUACUUUCCUCCCUCGAAAACGGCUUUUGAAAUGAAGAAGCUAACAGUAUUUUUUGUUGUUGUACUGUUUAUGGAAAAGAAAUUACAUUUUAUUUUUUCUUUAUGUUAGAUGAAUACGAUUA